CGUGGUUAAAAUUAAAAUGGCCGGUGCAUACGUUGUCCCAAGGAACUUUCGACUACUUGAAGAGUUAGAAGAGGGUCAGAAAGGAGGAGGAGACGGUACCAUUAGCUGGGGACUCGUUCAUGAUGACGAAAUGACUUUAACCCACUGGACCGGAAUGAUAUUAGGACCACCACGAACAACAUUUGAGAAUAGGAUAUACAGUUUAACGCUAGAGGCUGGGCCUAAAUAUCCUGAUGAACCUCCUACUGUCAGAUUUGUCACGCGUAUACAUCUCACCGGCGUGACUCCGACUGGAGAGGUCGACAGAAGAACCUUCUCUAUCCUUAGUAAAUGGCAGCGAAGUUACACUAUUAAAAGUGUACUGAAUGAUUUGAAAAGAGCAAUGACGUUGAAGGAGAAUGCUCGCCUGCCUCAGCCUCCAGAGGGCACCACCUACAACUAGUAAAUGGUUCCUUCUGUUUGAUUUAUUUUGAACGGACUUUAAGUACUUUAAUUUUUUGUUAUUUUUAGCUAAUAACAAUAUUAAUGAUUAUUAUUAUCAUUGUGUAAACGAAUCUGUUCCAAUUAGUUGAGUUAUAUAAUAAUAAUAAUAAUAAUAA